AUGUCUUCCUCCACUCCAGACUUCAAAAUUUCAUCAAAACAAACACAAGACUAUGAAUCUCAAUAUUCAGCUCACAAUUACCAUCCAUUACCAGUAGUCUUUUCUAAAGCAUCUGGUGCUCAUGUUUGGGACCCAGAGGGAAAUGAAUACUUGGAUUUCCUUUCUGCUUAUUCUGCAGUAAAUCAAGGUCAUUGCCAUCCUAAAAUCGUGGAAGCUUUAGUUGAUCAAGCAUCGAAAUUGACUUUAUGUUCAAGAGCAUUUUCAUCUGACGUAUUUGGUGUUUAUGCCAAAUACGUUACUGAAUAUUUUAAUUAUGAAAUGGUGUUGCCAAUGAAUACUGGUGCUGAAGCUGUGGAAACUGGAUUGAAAUUGGCUAGGAGAUGGGGAUAUGUUAAAAAGGGUAUUCCUGAAAAUGAAGCUAUAAUCUUGUCAGCGACAAACAAUUUCCAUGGUCGAACAUUGGGAGUUAUUUCCAUGUCUACUGAUCCAGAUGCAACUACUAAUUUCGGUCCUGCUUUACCCAAUGUUGGUCCCCAAAUUCCUGGUGAACCAAAGGGAACAUUGUUGAGAUUUGGUGUAAUUGAAGACGUUGAAAAAGCAUUUGCUAAUGCUGGUGACAAGAUAGCUGCCAUAUUAUUGGAACCAAUUCAAGGUGAAGCGGGAAUUGUUGUACCACCAGCUGAUUAUUUACCACGUGUUCAACAAUUGUGUAAAAAAUAUAAUGUGUUGUUGAUUUGUGAUGAGAUUCAAACCGGUAUUGCCAGAACUGGUAAAAUGUUGUGCUAUGAACAUUCUGAGGGGGUUAAACCUGAUAUUAUCUUGUUGGGAAAGGCAAUUUCUGGUGGUGUAGUACCAGUAUCAGCAGUAUUAUCAUCAAAGGAAAUUAUGUUGACUUUGGAACCAGGAUCUCAUGGAUCUACAUAUGGUGGUAACCCAUUGGCUUGUAGAGUAGCAAUUGCUGCUUUACAAGUGGUUAAAGAUGAGAAUCUAGUGGAGAGAUCACAAAAAUUGGGAGACUUGUUGAAAUCAGAAUUGACAAAACUUCAACAAGAAAGUAAUGGUAUCAUUAGCGAAGUAAGAGGUAAAGGAUUGUUAUCAGCUAUAGUCAUUGAUGAAUCCAAGACUAAUGGUAAAACAGCUUGGGAUUUAUGUUUGUUGAUGAAGGAUCAUGGAGUAUUGGCUAAACCAACCCAUGACAAUAUCAUUAGAUUAGCGCCACCAUUGGUUAUAAGUGAAGAGGAUUUGUUAAAGGGUGUUGACUCCAUAAGAAAAGCAUUGCAAGAAUUGAGCAAGUAG